AUGGCAGAGUCUACAAAAACUGAACAAGAUUAUAAGGACGAAAUCGAUCGUCUAAAGAGCGAAUUGGCUACAUCUAGACUAGCAUCUAGAUUAACAUCAACUCCUGUAAGACCUUCUGAGAGUUUACGUUUUAAUUCUCCGUUUUCAUUGCCAUCAACAUCAAACACUACAUCAUCAUCAGCAACUAAGUCAGUCGUUUACAUUGAUAGAACCCGAGAACCAAAGAAGUUUAAAGGGAUACUGAAAACUUCGGGCGAUUUAACUGUACACGAGUGGAUUGAAGAUAUCCAGGAAUAUGUGUCAACUCUUAAUCUUACCGGCGAAGAUGAAGCAAGGUUUAUAUAUUCUCAUCUAGAAGGUGAUGCGAAAGAAGAAGUAAAGUUAAGAAAAGCGAAGGGGAAUGCCAGCUUGAUUUACGAUGCUAUACGAAGUACAUUUUCUGAAACCCAUUCUACUUCUCAUCUACUCAAACUUUUCUAUGAACGAACCCAAAAGAAGGAUGAAAGUAUCAGAGAAUUUUCUUAUGCUUUAAGACAACUUAUGGAACGCAUUCAAAGGAAAGAACCUAACAAAAUUGAAUUUGAAAUUACCAUUAGAGAUCAUUUUGCAGAUGGUUUGUACGAUGCACAUCUUAGAAAAGAAUUGAAGCGCCAAAUACGUGACAAUCCCUCAUUAUCUUUCAUCGAUAUCAGAAAGUUUGCAUUAGAUUGGACUGAAGAAGAGAGUAAACCAAAGGAAAAAGUUAAUACCAGUGCAACAUCAGAAGAAGUUGUUACCACGAAUACUCAAAUGGAUGAGUUAAGGAAAUUAAUACAAACCCAACAGGGGCAAAUUGACAAAUUACAAAAUUUACUGACUCGACGUAGUACUGGCAAAUGUUUUGAAUGCAACAGGACUGGUCAUAUUAGAAGAAAUUGUCCAGAUUUAAAACGGAAACAGGAAAACUAA